AUGCUGCCAAUAUGGCUGGGUACCCAACACAACGUGGGAUUGAUGCGAUGGUGGAUCAUAUACCUCGUAGAGUACGACAUUCGGGACUAUAGCCCUGUAGUCUGUAAGAUUCACACAUGGGGAGCUUAUUGGACAAUACACACUUCGGCGUGGCUGUUGGUGGCAGUGACUUUGGAGAGAUGUUUCUCUGUGUGGUAUCCUCACAAGGUGAAAAUGACAUGUACCAGACGAAAGACUUACACUAUCAUCAUCACCAUCAUGCUAGUUUUGGCGACGCUGAACGCGCAUUAUCUUUACGGACUCGGAGAAUAUAUUGAGACGAUCGACAAUGAAACGUUCGUUGACACCUGUACCGGUACGUCUGAUGAUUAUUACGACUUUGAACUUUUCAUUUGGCCGUGGGUUGAUUUUUGUAUAUACAGUGUUUUCCCUUCGUCCAUUCUUAUCAUGUGUAAUAUCUCUAUCAUAUACAAAGUUGUCUCCAGCAGUCGUCAAGUUCUCCGUGACGAUUUCUCCAAUGGAAGUAGCAUCCAGAACAGAUCUGCUGCAUCACGACAAAGUCAGUCGUCAUCUCUUACUGCCAUGCUGCUCAGCGUCAGUUUUACCUAUGUCGUCACCACGACGCCAUUUUGUAUAUUUACGAUAUAUUCGAAUGUGUUUAGCUAUGAUGGCUAUGACAGUGAUCAACAUGAGGCAGUUGAGAAACUUGUGUUGUCUGUGGUAAACAUGCUGCAGUACACAAACAAUUGUAUCAACUUCAUUUUAUAUUGUAUUAGUGGUAAACGAUUUCGUAACGAACUGUCAGGUUUGUGUUUUCGUCAAGACCGAUUUUCGUCAAGACCGAAACAAAUCCAGCGUACCUCAGAGUAA